AUACAUCGUUGUUUUUUCCCGUGGGAUGGUGAGUAGCGAACUGAAGUCUGCAAAAGCAGAAGAAAACCCUAAUUCUUCAUGCUUCACCGCCGAAUCAGGUUUGUCUGAAAGGACCUUGUUUACAUAUGGGUAAGAAGACUUCAGGAAAGAAAGAUCAUAAGGAUAAGGGGGAGAGUAACAAAGAUGGAGAAGCAAAUUCUUUCAAGGAGGGAAUGAAUGCUGUGAAAGCAUCAGCUGGGAAUGGGGAUGGUGAUUCCAAUGUUAGCAGUAUAGAUUCUGAGAAGAUUAAGAACAGAGAAGAGCUUCGUGAUGAUUGUAUUGAGUUAAGUGCUGCGGACAAGGAGGCUGUGGUGGAGGGUGAUGUAAACAGGUUUAAUCGUGAAAAGAAGGAUCGAAAAAAGAAGAGGAAAUUGGAGCUUCAUAAGGAUGAGAAAGAAUCUCAAAAGGCUGGAAAGAAGCAUAAGAAGAUUAAAGUUGGUGAAAAAGAAGAAGCUUCAAAGGGAACUGCUGCAGAUAGAGUGGACAACAUCACCGUUGAAAACAAUAAGAAGAAGCUUUCAGAGAACAAUUUUGAGUUUGAAGGAAAACAGGAUAGGAAAAAGAGACAUAAGAAGAACAAAAAUGAAGAAGAUACUGAUGUGAUGGAGACACUUGAAAGCAAUGAGGAUUCAGCUGGCAACAAGACAGGGAGCAUAGAUGUCAUUGAUUUUGAUAAGAGGGAAGAAAACAAGGACAAGAAGAAGAAGAAGAAGAAGAAGAAGAAGAAAGAAACUAAAUCUGGGAGAGGUGAUAAAGAAGUGGCCGAGACAAAAAAGACUAUCAAAUCCACAGAUCAAUCAGAAAAUCCUAUGCCAAAAGAGAGAUCUAGAAAAGUCAGUUUUGCCGAUCACGUGGAGGUCUUUCCUUCAGCUGGUGAUGAGACUGAGACAAACAAGAAUGGGGAACCUCCAUCUGGUGAUAAGACUGAGACAAACAAGAAUGGGGAAAACAUGUUGGUGCAGGGUAAGCGGUUCUCAAAAGAAGAAGAUGAGAUACUUAAGGAGGCUGUUUCCAACUAUAUAGAGCUGCGUGGCUUAGGUGAGCCUGGUCUAAACAUGAUUCUGAAUUGUCAAUCUCACCCUGAAGUCAGAAACUGUUGGAAGGAAAUAGGAGCAGCCUUACCGUGGAGACCAAUCUCUAGCGUGUACCAUCGAGUUCAUAUCCUUUUUGAAAGGGAUGAGAAUCGUAAAUGGAGUGCUGAAGAGUAUGAAAUGGUCCUGAAGUUUGUUGAAAAAAAUGGAACAAAAUGGAAAACUUUGGCUGGAGCACUUGGAAAGCAUAGGACACAUGUAAAAGAUACAUGGCGUAGAAUCAAAUUGCCCAAUAGGAAGAAAGGACGAUGGUCUCAAGAAGAGUACCAGACUUUAUUUGAUUUAGUAAACAUGGAUCUGUCUAUGAAGGCCACUAUGGAAAAGAAAUCAAAACAUGGAAUGUUGCGAGAUAAUGUCUGUUGGGGAGCAAUUAGUGACAUGUUGGCAACAAGAGGCUUCUCUACCUGCUGUGUGAAAUGGUAUGACCAGCUUGCAUCUCCUAUGGUAGCAGAAGGUAAAUGGGCGGAUGCUGAUGACUACCGUCUGCUGGAUGCUCUCUCUAGCUUGGAUGCUUGCUGCAUGGAAGAUGUUGAAUGGGACAGUCUUCUGGAGCACAGGUCUGGAGAAAUAUGUCGAAAACGAUGGAGCCAAAUGGUUCAACACAUCGGUCAUCAUGGAUCCCAAUCCUUCGCUGAACAAGUUGAAAUUCUUGCUGCCCGAUAUCGUCCAGACAUGGUCGAAGCUAGAGAGGCCUUCGAUAACAAACCAUAUGUCGAUCAGCCUUAAUCAAUGCGGAUUCCAUCGCCAAUACAAGGAUAUUUCUGAUAAUAAUAAUACUAUCUUCUUUUCUUGAAAUCUUUUAUUUCUGGUUUAUGUUCCAUUUGAGUCCAAGAGCAAUGCCUGUAAGGUGUCGCCUCCGUUGUGUUGCUGUCUGGUUAUCUGUUGAGUUCGGAGUCUCUUUUACUUUUAUAUGUUAAUACCCUUUAUUGUCCUAAGAAUUCUCACCCCAAUACCUCUAAAUUAACAUAGAGUUUCCCUAAAUAUCAUCAUUGGCGGAUUAUGGAUGAGGAUGAUGCCCCGCCGGCGGGCAAACGACCUUCCAAGGACCACCAUACGAAACACAAUGGUCUUGCCUACCGUGUCCGCCUCCCACCAACGUAUCUCACCAUCAAAGCUACCCCGCCCUUUUUCCUUUCCACCUACACGCCUCCGCACCCACAAAAUCCUCUGCUUCUGCAUCCCGAGAAGAAUCAUGCGCCACCACCUGCAAUGCUUCCUUGACAGCUGCUCCUAUUGCCCCGGUUGAUUAAAUGCCAUUCUGUCCGCCGGUAACUUACUACACUGCUUCUUCUGGUUCACACAGGGUGCGAAAUGCUCUGCACACUCAGGAACCUGGUGGAAACAGAGAAAAGGAAAAUGCAGGCCAGGAGGUGUGGGAGGAAUCC